AUGUAUCCAAAUUUGAAUCUUCCACCAGAACCAAUAAUUACUAGAUGGGGGACAUGGUUGAAUGCAGUCAAAUACUAUUGCGAAAACUUUGAAAAAAUAAAAGAUGUUGUAUCAACGUUGGAUUCUACUUCAGCAGUUUCUAUUCAAAAAGCGAAACAUUUAUUAAAUAUAGAUGAUAUUAAAAAUAAUUUAAUUAAUAUAUCUGUUAAUUUUGGAUUUUUAGAAGAUACAAUAAAACAACUAGAAACAAGAAAAAUGACUUUAGUUCAAAGUUUAGGACUUAUAGAAGAAGCUGAAAAAUGCAUAGAACAAGUACAAGGACCCUUGGGAGUUGCAGUAAAAGAAAAAUGCACAGCGUAUUACAUAAAAAUCCUGGUUUAG